AUGUUCAAGCGACUAUUUGGAGAGCACGGCGCAAAGAAUGUCGUAACUCUCUUCCAUGCGCCUUCCAACCAAGCCUCAACGCGUGUCCUCACCCUACUCAAACAAGCUAAUGCGCAAUCUGUUGCGCAUGCAACCGGAGAUCAAGCAUCAUCUCACCAAGCCCAAGACAAGGCUGAGCGCACAGAAUUCGAGCUCGAUGUUACAGAGGCACCACCUACCACCGACCAGCUCAAGAACAUUCUGGACUACCUAGGCGGACCAAGCGCGGCAGGAAAAGUCAUCAGUGGUGCAGAGAGCGAGAGCGAUGCUAUGCGACGGUUGAAGGCUGAUGCCGCGACAUUCCAACGACCGCUGGUCGUGGAUUGGAACCAGGGCAAGGCGGUCAUUGGUGAAAACGAAAGUGAAAUCAUGAAGCUGGUACGCUCAGUGUCGAAGGAAAAAGACAGCGCGUAG